AGGCAACUGUGAAAUCACGGGUACACAGGAUGAAGCCUUCCACAAACAAACCUACUACUACUUACUGUCUAAAGCAAGCGUGAAGACCUCAGGUUAUAGGACAGUUAUUCACCACACAGGAAGUAAUUUCAGUUUACUGAAGUGGGCUGCUUAACUCAGUCAGACAUAAGCAGACCAGGAGUUUUUUUUUUUACGUGAAUGAGCGUCAAAGAAAAACUGUAGUCUCUCUGUAACCAAUAACCAGAAAUUUCUGGACACCCACUGAUACAGACGUGCGAACUGUACAAGUCUUCUGAAAAGCUGCAGAGAGAGGGAACAGCCAUGAGUCUGCUGUGAUAAUGGAUCGCGACAGAACAGACAGAAACAGGAAUCAAAGAUGUGGUAACUACAACAGCACUGCGGAGCCUGAGUACGAUGUGGUGGAUGACCAGGAGGAAGUGCUGAAUGUGCGCAUACUUCCUGCGAGGCCCAUACAUGAAGAAAGAGAGUAUGCAGACAGGGAUCUUCCAAGAUCGUUAUCAGCUCAGAGCCUUUCAUCACUCGCCAGUGGUAACUCCAACAUCCUCCCUAGACGCCCACCCAGAGAAAUCCCACAUAUAAUAGGUCCUGCUGUAAAUAGAGAUCAGAAGCCUGGAAGAAGAAAGACCAGAUUAGAUCAGAGGUCCACACCUGUGCGUCCAGGAGACCAGCGCUCACACAGGCUUCCUAUAUCCCCUCCACCGUCUGCCCUGGAGUUGGUGAAUCACUUGCCUGGAUUGACUGUAGACAGGCCCUGCAGGAGAGAUGGACAACAGAAGGCAACUAAAAAAGCAGAACUCGGUUCACAUGCCGUAGGUUUACAGAGGGCAGAGAGUGUCUCAGCCCCCCAUACCACCCAGAGACGUUCCUUAGAUCUGGAAACGCAUAUGGAAAUCAUAUCACAACAAAGUCUUGAAAGGGUUCCAUCAAAACGUCAUCACCAUGAGUGGCCGCAAACUAAAGAAGACUUUGACCAAAAUGACUUUGUUCCAAAGGAUAAGCCUCAACAGACCUACUGUGAAGAGGACUGGUACAUUGGGGCGUGUAAUCGAGCAGAUGCUGAGCACGCCUUACACCUGGUGAACAAGGAUGGGGCGUUUUUGGUACGUGACUGCUCCAACAUCACCAACAGUGAACCCUUGGUACUGGCUGUAUAUCACGAGAAGAAGGUUUACAAUGUAAAAAUUCGGUUCAUUGAGAGCACCAGCAAGUACGCCCUGGGAACGGGACAACGAUCAAAGGAUAUGUUUGACUCUGUGGGAGACAUCAUCAAGUUUCACACCAUCUUCCCAAUAAUACUCAUCAGUGGGAGAAAUAUAUCCGGGAGCAAAUACCCAGAAAACUGUGUAUUGACGUGUCCCAUAACAAAGAGGGAUGUUCACCAGCUCCUGCAAUAACACAUGCGCUAUUCCAGCAAAGACAAGUUCAUCAUGAGCAUUAAAAGCUGACUGCAGAUGCAACGUGCAAGAGUGUUUGAUUGUAUCAAUAAAAAAUGCAUUUGA